AUGCUUUUUUUUCUUUUCUUCUUUCUUUUCUUCUUUUCCGGUGUUGCGUCUCUUUUUAUCUCCAUUCCAUUCUGUUUUUAUUUUCCGCUUAAUGUCUUUCUUUCUUUCUUUUCUUUCUUUUCUUUCUUUUUAUACACCUCUUUCUUUUUAUUUCUGUCUGUCUUUCCUUUUUCUUUCUUUGCAUCUCGCGAGAACUUUCUUUAUAUUCCUCUUGCGCAGUUAUUCAUUUCUUUUUCUUUCUUUCUUUCUUUCUUUCUUUCUUUCAGUUUGAAAGGAAUUUCUUUAUACAUGCCCACUUCUUUCUUUUUUUCUUUCUGUCUAUUUUCCUUUUUUAUCUUUCUUCCAUUUCGCAAGGACUUCCUUUGUAUUCCUUUUGAGCAUUUUUUCUUUCUUUCUUUCUUUUUUCUUUCUUUCUUGCCAUUUCACGAGGGCUUUCCUUGGAUUCCAUUUGUACAUCUCUUUCUUUUUCUCUUCUUUUUUCUUUAUUUCAUUCAUUAA